AAGCUACAAAAACUACAAAACCGUGCUGCACGAGUAAUAACCUCAUCAAACUAUGACGUAGAUGUCGAUUCCUUGUUUCACAAACUCAGCUGGAAAGACUUGAAAUCUCAACGUCAAAUUCAGAACGCCUUAAUACAUACAUACAUAUACCUUAUUUAACCUCGAAAUUCAGUGUAGCUGUAGAGCUAAUAUCUUCGAUGAUCUUCAAUGGUUUUCAAGUCUUUAA